AUGCCAUCCUGGUCAUUUUUGUACGAACAUCUGCAAGACUGGCACGCACCCUCUAUCUGGACCUCCAAAAUCUCAUCCCUGAAUUGUGAUUCUCUCUUCUCCACUGGUGAUGCCAAACCUGAAAAUUACCCUAUAUAUGACUAUCAAGAGAAACAUUGCACACCCAAACUGAGCGAAAUUUCAAAGUUGCCUAUUUUGGGCCUGCCAGGACUUGAAAAUAUUAUGAAUGUUGCGUUACAUCGUGAAGCGAGUACAGACAUACGCACAGAUGAUGAGGAUAGUUUUGCGGAUGAAGACGAAAUGAAUGGAGAUGAAAAAGUUGAUCAAAACGAAAGACUAUCUAUUGGGAGUAACGAGAAUGGUUUACUUACAUCCAAAUACACUACUCCUGUGGAUCUGAUUACCCUCGAUUCAGAUCUUCUUUUGACUGCUGGCCAAAUUGCAGAGUCAGCAAGACUUAUCGCUUCUUUCUUAUCCUGGCGACUCUCCGUUGGUCUUUCCUACCUUCCUCUUCCUCGACUCACGCAUGCUUUUGUCUCAUGUCUUUUUGAACAGCUCUUAUGCUUCGCAUUUCUAUCUCGCUAA